UUCCGGUUUUAUCGUGAGUUCCGGCUAGCUUGUUUGCAACUUAGGAGAGUUGACUACGUUAUCUAGCAAUACAGUUAGUUGUAUUAUAAUUUCUCGCUGAGGAGGUAAUAAUGUCAGGGGGAACUCGACUAGAAAACGCCAAUCCUCUGAUAUUUCAGCGAUCGGGGGAAAGACUCCUCACUGCCACUGAUGAAGAUGAGGAUGUAGCGGAUCCCAUCGAUGACAGGGAGAUCUUCGAUCUGAUCAGAUCUAUCAGUGACCCUGAGCAUCCACUGUCCCUCGAAGAGCUGAAUGUCGUGGAACAAAUGCGCGUCAAUGUGAGUCUGAAAUGCGAGCAUCUAUACAAUCUAUCUAUCUGUUUUUCUAUCUAUCGUUUUACUGUUUUUCUCCCUGAGCAGGUGAAGGAUGAGGAGAGCACGGUGUCUGUGGAGUUCACACCGACCAUCCCACACUGCAGUAUGGCCACACUCAUUGGCCUGUCCAUCAAAGUCAAGCUCCUGCGCUCCCUUCCUGACAGAUUUAAGAUUGAUGUUCACAUCACGCCUGGCACACAUGCCUCAGAGGAUGCAGUCAAUAAGCAGCUUGCAGACAAAGAGAGAGUGGCAGCAGCUCUGGAGAACUCUCAGCUGCUGGAGGUGGUCAACCAGUGUCUGUCCACCAGAACCGUGUGAUCCCAAGAAUCCUGCCGCUGUUGUUUGGUCCUUUGACACAUCAGGAUUGAACUCUUACAGGCAAGCCAGAGUUGAGUGAUAAUAACAGCACAGCAUUUUUAUUUUUAACUUCUUUUUUUCUAGUGUUGUAUUCAACAAACAGCACCAGUUCAGAUGGACUUGUUAGUAUGUAAGUGAGAAAUGCAUCAUAAUUGAUUUUAAAAAUGUGUCAGGAAAAGAAACAAUGUUUGGCAGUACGUGGAUACAGAAAGAAAUGUCAUUCUGAAAUUGUCAUAUAUUUGUGAAUAUGUAAAAAAUGACUUUACUUUUAGAAAUUUGUGGAUUUUUCAAAGAAAUUUCUUAUUGGUCAGAAUGUUUUAAUUUGCACUGCUUUGUUUUGUACAUCUUUUUUUGCCAGUAAAAAUACAUAUAUAUUAUGUGAAA